AUGGUUGACGACGAGUCCAUCACAUCCAUCAAGCUACGCCAACAGUUCCAGCACCACAGACCUGACGACUUCGACGACUUCAAGACUCAAUAUUGGCACUUACACCAAGCUCCCCUCGUCCCCUCGAACCAGAGUCCAGCUUCGCCCGCCAUGAAGCCCGUCGUCGGAGCCUUUCAAGCUUGGUCUUGUUUCGUCCUGUCGAUAUUCGCCAUCAUAAUCCUGUCAAUCCUGGGCCUUGUCUACAAGAACGGCCACGAGGAGUUCGUCGGGGGCAUCGAUGACCCCGAAGACGGAUCGGCCGUAGCUUCCACCAUCUUCGUUGCUGUCUUCGUAUACAUCGGCUUCCUGGUCUGCUGUGGCCUCCAAGGCCUUCUGCACAUGCGAGAGAGUCGACGAGGCGCGAUCGCGCUGUAG